GGUGAUUCUCGUGGAUGAAGUGUUUUUAUCGCGAAGGGGCUAGGCAAGCGAUGUUUUGGGUCGCGGUUAGUCAGUCGGCUGCUCGAUGCCGGUCGGUGUGGCAGUGUCGUGCGUAGCGUUCAAUAAUGGCCGGCAGGAUGCUAAAGUUCAUCCGAGGGAAGGGCCAACAGCCCUCCGCCGAGAGACAGAAGCUCCAAAAUGAACUGUUCGCCUUCCGCAAGACAGUACAACACGGCUUCCCACACAGAGCGUCCGCCCUGGCAUGGGACCCUCUCCUGCGGCUCGCGGCCCUCGGCACCGCCAGCGGCGCCCUGAAGGUGUACGGGAGGCCCGGCGUGGAGCUGUACGGACAGCACACAAACCCCGACGCCGCCGUCACCGCCAUACACUUCAUACCCGGCACUGGUCGCUUAAUAUCCUUAUGCGACGACAACAGUCUCCACUUAUGGGAGAUCACAGAGAAAUCCCUAGUGGAGCUAAAGUCCCACCUCCUCGAGGGCAAGAACAAGAAAGUCUCGGCGCUAUGCGUCGAGUCUUCAGGCAAGAACGUGCUUCUCGGCACAGAGGGCGGGAACAUAUAUACUAUAGACUUGAACACAUUCGCCAUCAACGAAGAUGUUAUUUAUCAGGAGGUUGUUAUGCAAAACUGUCCAGAAGACUUCAAAGUGAACCCAGGCGCAGUAGAGGCCGUUUGCGAACACCCAAAGACGCCAGCUCGCAUUCUUAUCGGCUACAGCAGAGGACUGGUGGUGCUGUGGGACAGGACCAACUCUGCGCCCACACAUACGUUCGUCUCCAACCAGCAGCUUGAGAGCUUGUGCUGGAAUGAUGACGGUGACCACUUCACAUCAUCCCACAACGACGGUUCAUACGUCACAUGGGAGGUCGGCGGCGGCGCCAGCGACCGCCCACUAAAGGAACCCGUCACGCCCUACGGCCCCUACCCGUGCAAGGCCAUCAGCAAGAUCCUCAACAGGACUAGUGUCACGGGGGAAGAGAUUACUAUAUAUGCUGGCGGCAUGCCCAGAGCGUCAUAUUCGGACAAAUACACAGUAACUGUACAGCAGGGAGAAAAACACGUCGCAUUCGAUUUCACUAGUCGGGUAAUAGACUUCUUUACAACAUCGGCAGUGCCGCCAGAUGGCGCGCCGCUACAAGAGCAGCGGCCCGACACUCCGGCGCAGCUGUUCGCGCAGACUGUCAACCAAGUUGCAGCUGCUUUGGUGGUGCUAGCAGAGGAAGAGUUGGUAGUCAUCGACUUAUGUGACUCCCGUUGGCGGCCAUUACGGUUACCAUACCUCGUGUCCAUCCACGCGUCCGCCGUAACAACAGCCCAGCUCGUCGACAACGUCGCCUCCAACGUGUACGACAACAUCGUGGCGGCCGGGCAACAGCAAACCGAGAACAUAUACUCGCCGGGCGCGUGGCCCAUCUCGGGCGGCGUGCUGUCCGGCGCGGAGGCGCCCGCCGAGCGGCAGCUGCUGCUCACCGGCCACGAGGACGGCUCCGUGCGCUUCUGGGACGUCACCGGCGUGCCCAUGAAGCCGCUAUACAAGUACACCACCGCUCAGCUUUUCAGCGGUGAAGAGAUCGGGGAAACAAAUGACAGUCAAACAGACGAGGAGGAAUGGCCGCCCUUCAAGAGAGUGGGCACUUUCGACCCGUACAGCGACGACCCGCGGCUGGCUGUCAAACGGGUGAUCCUCUGCCCUCUGUCGGGAAUGUUGACGAUCGGCGGCGCGGCGGGACACGUCGUCAUCGCCAGCUUGAAGAACGCCUCCAACACCGCCGAGGUUAAGUCAGUGUCAGUGAACAUCGUGUCGGAUCGCGACGGGUUCGUGUGGAAGGGCCACGACCAGCUCACGCUACGCCCCGGCACACUCACAUUCCCACAGGGUUACCAGGCGACGUCGGUGGUGCAAGUGUCGCCGCCGGCGGCGGUGACGGCGCUGGCCGCGCAGUGGGAGUGGGGCGUGGUGUGUGCAGGCACGGCGCACGGGCUGUGCGCGCUCGACGCCAUACAGGCGCGCGCGCUCGCCGUCAAGUGCACGCUCAACCCGCACGACCACUCCGGCGCAGGCGACACGCCCAUCUCCCGCCGGAAGUCAUUCAAGAAGUCCCUGCGCGAGUCCUUCCGGCGCCUGCGCAAGGGCCGCUCGCAGCGCCGCGCCACAACCGCCACCAGCCCCGCCUCGCCCACGCAGCCCGCCAAGAAGCCCAUAAUACCAUCACCAGUAGAAGAAGCAGACGUGAAACCAGUGGAGCGGGCAGUCGAAGCGAGAUCUAACGACGACGGUUUCGGUUCCAUGGUGCGGAGUCUAUACUUCGCACGGACGUUCCUUAUCAACACACAAAGCUCGACACCCACACUCUGGGCGGGCACCAACAACGGCACCGUGUACGCGUUCACGCUCACCAUCCCCAACACCAACAAGAGGAAAGACGAACAGGUCACGUGCACGCUGGCGAAAGAGAUCCAGCUCAAACACCGCGCGCCCGUCAUAGGCAUCACAGUAUUGGACGGAGCUGCCGUGCCGCUACCGGAUCCUUUAGAGGUGGAGCGAGGCGUGGCGUCCCUGCCCGAGCCGGGCACGCACCGCGUGUGCAUCACGUCGGAGGAGCAGUUCAAGGUGUUCACGCUGCCCUCGCUCAAGCCGCACCACAAGUACAAGCUCACGGCGCACGAGGGCGCUAGAGUCCGGCGGACAGCGUUCGCGUGGUUCGAGUGCGGCGGCUCGGGCGACGCGCCGCACCGCGAGUGGUGCCUGCUGUGCCUCACCAACCUCGGCGACUGCCUCGUGCUCAGCCCCGAGCUGCGCCGCCAGCUCAACGCCGCCGCCGUGCGCAAGGAGGACAUCAACGGCAUUUCAAGCCUGUGCUUCUCGAAGCGAGGCGAAGCUCUCUACCUGCACUCCUCGUCGGAGCUGCAACGGAUCACACUCUCCGCCACUAAGGUGACGGUAGCGCAGUGCCAAGUGUUGCUGGCCCCCUGGGCGGUGGAGCUGCGGGGGCUGGCGGAGGAGGCCCCGCUCACUAACGGGGAACACAAGGAGGAGGCAGUGGAAGCGCCUCACGACGUGACGGCCGCGUCGGCGGACAUCACCGUGGACUCCGUGCGCGACCACACCGCGCAGCCCGAGCCUGAGCUCAACAUCAACCUGCAGAACUCGCAAGUGAACACCAGCUCGAUGGUGGUGAAGACCACGACGCGGACGGCGGUGAACGAGAACAGCGCGGAGAACGGCACCGCCACCACCACCACCGUCACUGAAAACAUCCUAGAACACAAUCGCGAGGAAGGAGUCAUCACCCGUAUAGAGACGGGCACCGUGACGGUCCCGGCCGGGACUGACCCCAAACUCAUCCUCGACAUGUUCGACCGCCAGCGCGAGCCGCUCGCCGUGCCCGUCGCGCCCGCCGGCGCAGACACCAACUAACCAGAAACAUCGAUCAACAAAAUAUCGACAUCGAUAAAAAUCGAAUCAAGGCCAGCCCUAGCGCUUACACGUUUGAUGGAUACCAGCCGUGUGAAUCGUUGCUUGUUCGACAGACGAUUCAAUCCGUAUUCAGGGUCGAUGUUUUAUUGAAAU